ACAUUCUAAAAAAUAUUAAAAAUGACAAACAACUUCUCGCUAGUAUUAAAUUUUUUAAAAAAGAAUAUGAAAAGACAAAAUCUUUAUCACAAGGAAAGUUGAUUUCUUAUCUCUACCAACAGAAAUCCUUAUCAUAUUCAGAAUCGCUUAGAAGUGGAGUAAAAAUUAAGGUGCAACCAGCAUCAAUUCAACAAAGAAAACAAAAAGAAAAUGUUGAUCUUUCUAAAAUGAAAGCACAGAAAAAAAAAAAAGCUGCAGUGAAACCACAUAGUCUGAAGAAAAAUAUUUCAGACAACAAACCAAAUUAA